CUCUCUCUCUCUGUCGCUCAUCAAAUGCUUUGUCCACACAUGUCAGUUGGGGUAGCGGAGUGAUGUCACACACUACCAGGUGCUGGGGGGGGGGGGUGUCUUUGUGCAAGAGUGUGCCUGCGUGUCGGAUUCCUCAACGCAGUGCAGCCCCGCCCUCUUCCCUCUCUGCAGCAGGCUGGUGGGGGGGGGGGAGAAAAAAAAAAGGAAGAAUUUCUCCCGCACUUUGUGCUCUCGUCUCAUAUUUUCUGCGUGCGCUCGGCGGAGGCAGCGGCGAGGCAGGAAGGCAGGCGGCCCAGGGACCGGUCAUGUCCUCCCCCCCGCAGCCGGCGCCGUCGUUGGCGCGCAGACAAUCCUGUUACCUCUGCGACCUGCCCCGCAUGUCCUGGGCCAUGAUCUGGGACUUCAGCGAGCCCGUCUGCCGCGGCUGCGUCAACUACGAGGGCGCCGAUCGCAUCGAGUUCGCCAUCGAGACCGCUCGGCACCAGAGGCGGACUCACGGCCUCCAGGAGCCCAAAAGCGGGAAGGAAAUCAUGGGCCAGCAUCCGGCGGACGGACCGGGAAAGUCCCAGCAGACCUCUUUGGACCGGUACCCGGUGCUCGGCGCAGACGCCCGGGCCAGGUCGGACUACCAAGGUAGGCUGCCCAACGGGCUCGGGUGUCCGAAUGGCUUCAAAUUGGACGAGGGGCCGCCCGAGCUGAACCGUCAAAGCCCGAACUCCAGGAGCAGGGCUCACGGGGGUCCGGCGUCGGCUCCGGGACUCAUUAACGUGCCGCCCAACCUGCUACCCCAGACGCCGCUGAACGGACCGGGCGCGCAGGGCACGGCGAGCCGCGCCGCGCCGCAGGGCUCCGCGCCGAGCCCGCUGUGUUUGAGCGAGCCCGCCUCAAAGCGGCCGUCGUCCGUGACGGGGAUGGAACAGGAGCGGGAGAUGAAAGAGAAGCAGAGGAACGCAGAGACGCUGAGCGAGCUGAGCGAAAGCCUUCGGAACCGACAGGAGGACUGGGCCAACAAGCCCAAGAUGGUUCGAAACACCCUGGUCACUCUGUCCGGUUGUACGCCCUUCGAGGUCCGCUUCAAGAAGGACCACGGCCUGGUUGGCCGCGUGUUCGCCUUCGACGCCGUGUCCAAACCCGGCGUCGACUACGAGCUGAAGAUCUUCAUCGAAUACCCGAGCGGUUCCGGUAACGUGUUCUCCAGCGCCUCGGGGGUGGCGAAGCAGAUGUACCAAGACUGCAUGAAGGACUUGGGCCGAGGUCUGUCCUCUGGGUUCAAGUACCUGGAGUACGAGAAGAAGCACGGUUCCGGCGACUGGCGCCUGCUCGGCGAUUUGUUGCCGGAACCUCUGCGGGUCUUCAAGGACUGCGUGGGGGGGGACAUGCUGCCGCAGCCCCACCUCGACGGCGCCCACCCGCCGCUGCCGUCCUCCGCCCGGGCCCAGGCCCCGAGCGGGUCCAGAGGCGGCUCCAGGAAGAGAAAGUCCUCGCCGGAACCGGAUUCGGCCGAGCCCGGCCCGAAGCCCGUCGAAGAGCAGCACCACCGGCAGUGGCUCGCCAACCAGGCCGAAGCGCUCAAACUUUCCUUCGGCGACCACCACCCGUUGGGCCCCGCCCCCGGGCGCUCCAGCCCAACCGAGUCCGCCGAGUCCCCCGUGGCCGCGGCGUCGCCCGCUAAGGACAGAGACUCGGUCCACUCUAGCGGCGGGCCGACUUCCCCCGCGGGGGGCCAGAGGGCCCCCUCCUCCCGCAACGGAGAGCCGGCGGGCGGCGCCGAGCCGACCAACGCGGCCGCCAGCGGCCCCCUGUGCUGCACGCUGUGUCACGAGCGGCUGGAGGACACUCACUUUGUCCAGUGUCCGUCCGCCGCCCACCACAAGUUCUGCUUCCCGUGCUCCCGAGACAGCAUCAAGGCCCAGGGCGCCGCCGCCGAGGUGUACUGCCCCAGCGGGGACAAGUGCCCCCUGGUGGGCUCCAGCGUGCCCUGGGCCUUCAUGCAGGGCGAGAUCGCCACCAUCCUGGCGGGCGACGUCAAAGUCAAGAAGGAGAGGGACCCUUGAGGACGCCGACAUCGGUUCACCCAAACUCCCGGCUGGCCGCGGGGAAAAGGACCUCGUCCCGCCUCCGAUCGCCAAAAACACAAAACCCACCAAAACAAGGCCAACAGUUGAGCCCUCCCGAGAAGG